AAAGAUCAAGAACCGAGAUCGCAUCGAGCUCUUAAUUGCGGGAAUCUUCAAGAGACUUGGACAGGAUGCAGCUUCGUAUGGGCGUCUUGAGCCUCGUGCUAUUGGCCGUGACAACGUUGGUCUCGACUCAGGCAGACAACAGUUGUUACACCCCCAUCGGUGAAUUUGGUUAUUGUGUGCCAGCCCAACAAUGCCAGUUUGUUCGGAAUCUGCAGGCGACAUAUGGCCGGAAUAUUCCACGUUUGAUACAAAAUCAGCUAAGACAAAUGGCCUGCAAUAUUGGCCAACGUGCGGUCUUUCAUUUGUGCUGCCCCAGCGCUGCACUGAUCACUGCUCAGAGCGAUGGUAACAACAAUCGGAAUACGUUUUCGACGCAAAAUCCCACAACAACUAACACCCCGCAAAGCACACGCCAAUCCACUGGCGAUCUUAAGCGCAUCGAUCCGCGUGGCAUGGAGUUACUGAACUCUGUCACGGAGUGCGGCAAGAAGGCAAACACGAAGCUAAGCGGAGGAGAGCAGGCAAGACUCGGUGAAUUCCCUUGGCUGGCGCUGCUUAAGUAUGAGACGUCCGAACGACCUUUUCUUUGCGGCGGCAGCUUGAUUGCCGAUCGCUUUGUUCUGACCGCGGCCCACUGUGUGACCAGGAACGAGAAGCUCAUUGGAGUGCGCUUGGGCGAGCAUAAUCUGGGCACCGAAAAGGAUUGUGAAUUUCUAGGCGGUCGCAUUGAGCACUGCCUGCCACCCUACGAGGAGUAUGGAUUAGAAGAUGUACGCCCGCAUCCCAACUAUAAGUCUAUCAACAAUGAUAUAGCCCUCAUCAAACUUGAUCGGCCCGUUCAGUUCAAAGGUCACAUUAUGCCCAUCUGCCUGCCGAUUGAUCGUAAAUCCCAGGAUAUAUCUUAUGACCAGAGCUUCUUUAUAUCUGGCUGGGGUCGCACCGAGAAUAACGAGCCAUCCUCCGUGCUGCUCAAGGCGGUGGUAAGGCGACAGAAUCAUAAUGUUUGCCGAAAUUUCUAUGCUGAUGCUUACCUCAAUGAGAAUCACAUUUGCGCUGUUGGAGAAAACAUUGUGCAUACCUGCCCUGGUGACUCUGGUGGUCCUCUCUUCUUCCGCAAUCCUUUUAAGAAUACGACACGAUACAUCCAGUACGGCAUUGUCUCCUAUGGUGGCAAACGUUGUGGCCAGCGACAGAAUCAGCCGGGCGUAUUUGCGUCGGUCUUAGACAUGUUACCAUGGAUCACCCAGAAUCUAUAUUGAAGACCCCAAUCUGACUUAUGUGUUUGCAACUUAUUCUCAUUAUUAUUUAUGUCUUAGUUUAGUUCUCAAUGCCAUUGCAAUAGUCGCAAUUAAAGAUUGUUGACUUUAGUUUGUAGUCUUGUAAA